AUGCAAUUGUCCCACUUAUGUUUUGCUGAUGACCUGAUAUUGUUCUGUAAUGGGGACUUUAGGUCCAUUUAUACACUUCUGCAAGGGUUCCAGAUAUUUUCUCAUGCUUCAGGACUUGAAGUGAAUAAAGAGAAAUCUAAAGUUUAUUACACAAGCAUGGAGGAGAGUGAUAUAACAAGGGACACUGAUGUGAGUGGCUUCAAAGUAGGGUCUCUCCCUUUCAGAUACCUAGGUGCUCCAAUUUCAACAACAAAAUUGAACGCAAAGGACUGUCAGAUACUAGUUGAAAAGAUGGUGAAACGAAUCAGAGUGUGGUCCACAAGACACCUCUUAUUUGCAGCAAGAUGUCAACUUGUAAAUAGUGUGCUAAUGAGCAUACAUGUAUACUGGGGGCAAAUAUUUCUCUUGCCAAAAGGUGUUCUAAAAGAAGUGAAUGCAAUAUGUCGUUACUUCUUAUGGAGUGGAAGUCAUAAUGAUGCUAGACCAGGUGCUGUUAGCUGGGAGCACUUAUGUAAAACAAAAGCUACAAGAGGCUUGGGGCUAAGAGACACUUGUUUGUGGAAUAUAAUAGCCACUGGGAAGCUAGCCUUGGCAGUAUCUUAG